AUGAGCGAAAUAAAUAAUGAAAAUUUAGACUCAAAUCGAAUUAUAAUAGCCGAGCCUACAGAAAGCAAGAAUAAGCAUAUUCGUAGCGCUUUGAGAAAACGAAGGGGUAGAUUAAACACCCAAGCUUACGAGGAGGAUCAAGAAGCUAUUUUAUCAUCCCCAUUAUUGACUUCGACACCUAAAACAGUCUCUAGGUCAUUAGUAAGGUUGUAUCCAUAUUUGAUCGUCGUGGAUAAUUUUUUGAGUAUCAUCACUUGGUCUAAUGACCAUGUUUCAGCAAACUUACUUGGAAUAUUCAUAUUUACGGUUUGUGUAUUAUAUUUUGGAUUUAUUACAAAGUAUUUUGGGCAUUUAAUGAUCGUAUGUAUAAUUUGGGUAUAUCUGUUAAUUGAUAAGCACGUUCAAGAAACCAUGGCAUCAUGCCCUUCAUUAGAUGAUAUAUUACAUGUUAUGGACAGGGUUUCCAUGAAGUCUAGUGCCGUAUUAUCACCUAUUACAAUUUUAAGUGGUCAGGAUGUUAGAAGGCUGUUAUUUACUAUUGCUUUCUUAUCCCCAGUUUACAUUUUCCUUACUAUGUUUGUGUUAUCUCCAAACUAUUUAAUGUUGAUAGGGGGUUUAUAUGUCCUUACGUAUCACUCUAAAUUGAUCAAAAGGAUGAGAAGAUAUUUAUGGAAGUUCCGUAUCAUUAGAUUACUUGUAUUCUUUAUAACAGGAUUAGACCUUGGAGGACCGGAUAACAAUAGACGCCUAUUCGCAUCUGUCAACAAGAAGAUAAGGUCCUUUGUUUGGAAUGAGGUAGGGAAUGCGUCAAACACAAAAAAGACUGUACUUUUUAAGGUUGCUCUUUUUGAAAACCAACGCCGGUGGCUUGGUAUCGGCUGGACAUCAAGUAUGCUGAGCUAUGAAAGGGCCUCUUGGACAGAUGAGUUUUUAAAUACUUCCCCCAGCUUAGAAACAUUUACUUUACCAGAGAAGCAGUCUGGAAUGACAUGGGAAUGGCACGAUAAAGAUUGGAUGCUCGAUCUAACAAAUGAAGGAGUGAUCCAGCUUCCUGCUUCCGCUACUAAGACAAAAGUUAAACCAGGUGCAGAUGAAGGCUUUAUUUAUUAUGACAAUACCUGGAAUAAUCCCUCUGCAACAGACACAUAUAAAAAAUACACAAGAAGACGGAGAUGGAUUAGAACGGCGACAGUAACAACGACGUAUGAUGAGGAGCCCAUUGUAGAGAAAGCUUCAACGACUUCUCACGAUCUAAAAUGCGAAGGAAAUGACAGAGGCAGAGAAAGAAAGGUUUCAUUUAGUACAGCGAAUGAGGUGCAUAUUAUACCUUCUACGGAUAGCAACCGGUUAAUAGAAAUGUCUGAUAUUGCAAUGAAUUCUCGAUAA